AUCGCAAUGUCAAGAACUAUAAGUAUAUUUUAUGAUGACCUUGUUUAUAGAUUUAUGUAUGUGUGAUUUGAAACUUAUUUAUAUUUCACGCGAUUAUGUGGUAUACAUUUCUCGAUUAGAUAAGAUAAAUAACAAAAAUCGCGGCAAUUCUUUUGAGCGAAGUAGUUGCUCUCCAAUCAAUGUUUGGUAGAGUACGUACGGUAGUCUUCUUACAGAAUGACUUCAUGAGGAAAACGUAGCAAAAAUAUUCUCUUUAGUUGUCUCUAAAAUGUUCAAGUUUACGGCAAUAUUGGUUGUUUUAUGCAGUGCUGCAGUCAUCGCUCAAGACUGCAAACCAGUCAAUUUUGGAUCCGACAGUAUAGUUUGCGAAUGCAACUCCACAUAUUGUGACAACUAUCCCGAUCCUAAAUCACCAGGUAAAGGCGAAUUCAUAUGGUAUGCUACGAGCAAAAGUGGACAGAGACUUAAUCGCACCGACGGAAAAAUUGAUAGUGAACCUAAAAAUGGAUAUACGGUCCGUAUCGAUUCCAAUAAGCUGUAUCAAAAUAUGGAAGGAUUCGGCGGUGCUUUCACUGACUCAGCUUGCAUUAACAUCAAAAGUCUUAGUCAAGGAACUCAAGACAAUUUAAUGAAUUCGUACUUUAGCACGAACGGAAGCAACUACAAUUUUGGUCGCGUGCCUAUAGGCGGGUCUGAUUUUUCUACGAGACCUUAUUCUUAUGAUUCUACCAUUGGUGAUACAGAGUUGAAAGAUUUUUCACUUGCCAAAGAAGAUACCGAGUAUAAGAUCCCUCUUAUGCAUAAGGCCCGAGAAAUUAACCCAUCCCUUCGCUUUUUAUCAGCUGCGUGGACUGCACCGCCAUGGAUGAAGAACGUCCAAUCAUUCAAUGGCUUCAGUUACCUACGAGAAGAAUACUAUCAAACUUUUGCAGAUUAUAUCGUUAAAUUUUUGGAAGAAUACCAAAAAUAUGGACUAGAAAUGUGGUCCGUUUCAACUGGAAACGAGCCAUUCACUUCGUUGGUUAUCAUUUCUCGAAUCAAUAGCAUGUUCUGGUCAUCGGACACUGCAUCAAAAUGGGUCAUCAACAAUUUAGGACCUAGCAUAGAAAAAUCUAAGAGUAAUAACACAAUUAUCCUUAUGCUUGACGACCAAAGACUAGCACUACCUUGGUACAUGGUUGACGUAAAAGUUAGGCAUAGCGAAGCUCUAAAAUACGUUAAGGGUAUUGGUGUGCACUGGUACUCGGAUGCUGUUAUUCCUGCAAAUGUACUUGAUUUAACUCAUGAUCUCUUGCCAGAUAAGUUCAUUUUGAUGACAGAAGCUUGCAUAGGUGAUCGCCCAUGGGAUCAUCCUAAAGUUAUUUUGGGAUCGUGGAAACGUGCGGAAAAAUUAGUAGAUAAGAUCUUUGAGAAUAUAAACCACUAUGUAGUCGGUUGGGUCGAUUGGAAUCUGGCCCUUGAUAUUCAAGGAGGGCCAAAUUGGGUAGAUAAUUACGUUGAUGCCCCGAUAAUCGUCGAUGCUAAAAAAGAUGUCUUUUAUAAGCAGCCAAUGUACUACGUAACGACUCAUUUUAGUAAAUUUGUGCCUCGUAAUUCCGUCAGGGUGCACAGUGAUAGUAAAGACACGAAUGUUAUAACAACGGCAUUUAAGACCAAAGAUAAUCGGAUUAUUGUUCUUUUGUUCAAUAAGAGCAAUCAAAAUAAAAGCAUUUCGAUUAUAGAUGAUAAAUAUGGUAAUAUAAAUGUGGAAUUGCCAGAACAUUCUGUACAUACUAUUAUAUACAAGUACGAUGUGUAAAUAAUUAUUAUGAUUUCUUUUAAUAAAUCAAUUUUUUCCCUGAA